AUGACAGGAGCAAAGAGGAAAAAGAAAAGCAUGCUCUGGAGCAAGAUGCAUACCCCCCAUUGUGAAGACAUUAAACAGUGGUGCAGAAGGCGGCUACCUAUUCUGGAAUGGGCACCACAGUAUAAUCUGAAAGAAAACUUGCUUCCAGACACCGUGUCUGGGAUAAUGUUGGCAGUUCAACAGGUGACACAAGGGUUGGCCUUUGCUAUUCUCUCAUCUGUGCACCCAGUGUUUGGUUUAUAUGGGUCUCUGUUUCCUGCCAUCAUUUAUGCCAUAUUUGGAAUGGGACGUCAUGUUGCCACAGGCACCUUUGCCUUGACAUCCUUAAUAUCAGCCAAUGCUGUGGAACGGCUUGUCCCUCAGAGCAGCCAGAACCUCACCGUACAGACGAACACAAGUGUGCUGGGUUUAUCCGACUUUGAGAUGCAAAGGAUCAGCGUGGCUGCAGCAGUUUCCUUCUUGGGAGGUGUGAUUCAGGUGGCCAUGUUUGUGCUCCAACUGGGCAGUGCCACAUUCCUGCUUACGGAGCCUGUGAUCAGUGCGAUGACAACUGGGGCUGCCACCCAUGUCGUGACUUCACAAGUCAAGUAUCUCUUGGGAAUGAAAGUGCCAUAUAUAUCUGGACCACUUGGAUUCUUUUAUAUUUAUGUAUAUGUGUUUGAAAACAUCAAGUCUGUCCGACUGGAAGCUCUGCUCUUAUCCUUGCUGAGCAUUGUGGUCCUUGUUCUUGUUAAAGAGCUGAAUGAACAGUUUAAAAGGAAAAUUAAAGUUGUUCUUCCUGUCGAUUUAGUUUUGAUUAUUGCUGCAUCAUUUGCUUGUUAUUGUACCAAUAUGGAAAACGCAUAUGGAUUAGAAGUAGUUGGUCAUAUUCCAAAAGGAAUUCCUCCACCUAGAGCUCCCCCAAUGAACAUACUCUCUGCAGUAAUCACCGAAGCUUUCGGAGUGGCCCUCGUAGGCUAUGUGGCCUCACUGGCUCUUGCUCAAGGAUCUGCCAAAAAAUUCAAAUAUUCAGUUGAUGACAACCAGGAAUUUUUGGCCCAUGGCCUCAGCAAUGUGAUUCCUUCAUUUUUCUUCUGCAUACCAAGUGCUGCUGCCAUGGGAAGGACUGCUGGCCUCUACAGCACGGGAGCAAAGACACAGGUGGCUUGUCUAAUAUCUUGCAUUUUCAUCCUUGUAGUCAUCUAUGCAAUAGCACCUUUGCUCUACUGGCUGCCCAUGUGUGUUCUUGCAAGCAUUAUUGUUGUGGGACUGAAGGGAAUGCUAAUACAAUUCCGGGAUUUAAAAAAGUACUGGAAUGUGGAUAAAAUUGAUUGGGGCAUAUGGGUCAGUACAUAUGUAUUUACAAUAUGCUUUGCUGCCAAUGUGGGGCUGCUGUUUGGUGUUGUCUGUACCAUAGCUAUAGUUAUAGGACGCUUCCCAAGAGCAAAGACUCUUAGUAUAACAAACAUGAAAGAAAUGGAAUUUAAAGUGAAGACAGAAAUGGAUGGUGAAACCCUCCAGCAGAUUAAAAUCAUCUCAAUAAACAACCCACUUGUAUUCCUGAAUGCGAAGAAAUUUUAUACUGAUCUAAUGAACAUAAUCCAAAAGGAAAAUGCCAGCAACCAGCCAUUUGAUGAUAUCAGCAAGUGUGAACAAAACACCUUGCUCAGUUCUCUAUCCAAUGGCAACUGCAAUGAAGAAGCUUCACAGCCCUGCCCUAAUGAGAAGAGUUCUUUAAUCCUGGAUUGCAGUGGAUUGACCUUUUUUGACUAUUCUGGAAUCUCCAUGCUUGUUGAGGUUUACAUGGACUGUAAGGAUGUGGACGUAUUGUUAGCCCAUUGCACAGCUUCCUUGAUAAAAGCAAUGAAGUACUAUGGAAACCUAGAUUCAGAGAAACCAGUUUUUUUUGAAUCAGUAUCUGCUGCAAUAAGUAACAUCCAUUCAAAUAAGAAUUUGAGCAAACUCAGCGACCACAGUGAAGUCUGAAACCCUUUUGUUGUAGUAUGGCUCUUGUCUUUUGCAACUGCCCUGAAGAGGCCAUAUGCUGGUAUUUUGCACAACCUUUUUGUUCUUUUGAUCCUACAGAUGACCUCUGUUAUAAUAAGUAUGAUGUGACUUAGUAACUGCCUAGCCACCGGUUAAGAUUUGCUGACAAAUUUUUCUAAUCUUUACGUUAGUAAGCAGUUUCAUGUAGUUAUUUUAUAUAAAUAUCAGUAUGCAUUUAGUUUUAGUGUACUGAAGGGUAAACGUGAUUUUUAUUUCCUUUUACUGCAGUAUUUUGUGUAGUUUUAUUUCUUUUUUGCUGUAAGUUAAUUUGUGAAACUGAGAAACACUUUUGUCAUAAAAGAUUUUGAACAUUUAUAAGCCAUUUAUAAAAUUUCAGGCUCACUGUAACCAAUACAUAAAAACAACUUAACAAAUGUGCCAUUUUUCCAUAUCCAAUUUCCCAAAAAGCCACUUUAACAUCAAGAAGGCUAAAUAUUACUUUAUAUAAUGAGAUAUGAAAUUCACAGAAAACAAACCAAACAUAAACAAAUGACAAACUAGAAAUUAUUGAUCUUCAUACACUUUCAUACAUUCAUUCCUGAAGUAUUCGUGAAUGUUUUCAUAUUCAGAAUAAAACUGGCAUCCCAAUAAAA